GCUCUUCCAUGUUGCAACAAAACGGCAGCAGUAAUUAACGGCGUGCAAAAGAGGCCCGUCUGCUCGGAGCGUAAAGGCCUCAGCGUUAUAAAACACCCCACGCCCCCUAAGCGCAAGCCCUCCCUGCAUUCUCCCACUUCUAAUUCCUCGCACCUCGCGCCGGUGCCAUAUACGCACACGAGGUACCUCUACCUCUGCUGCCGCCCUGUGCCUGUAGCAGUACCUGCUGCCACCUCCGCCCGCUGCCUUCGCCUUCACCUUCGCCGUCGCCCGUCACUGUCCAGCGCCGGACCCUCUGCCUCCCCUCUGCGACGCCGCACCGCACCUGCACUCUUGUGCCCCGCCAAUCAGCGCACCCCGCCAUCCGCCCUCGUCGCCCGCCGCUGCCCUCGCCGGCAGCCAUAUCACAUCACCGGCCCGCGUCGCUCGCCAAUCGAUAGCAGCAGCCCGAACCCCCAACACCCGCCAGCAUGUGCACGAGAAUCCACCACACGUACGCCUGCGGCCAUGUCGUGUCGGAGAAGGCUCCCUGCGCGGCCUCGCGGUCUGCGAAUUGCGGCGAAAACAAGGUCAAGAACGUCAAGCACGACGAAAAAUGUGACCGCUGCGACCACUAGCAGGUACGCGCCCCUCGUUGCACAACGUGCCACCGCUCUCUGACACACGCCUCAGCGUGCCACCGCAGACUUUAUCCGGACGACAUCCCCAUGACGGCCGGUGGCACGCAAUAGGGUGUCCUCAGCGGACUUGCAUCCUGCGCUGUUAGCAGCGCGGCCCGACAUCUACAACGCCUCCGGCCAGCGCAGAGCCUCGCGGCUCGCGGCCGGCCGGC